AUGGAUAUAGUUCCUAUUGCUUCCGUCCCUCCGCCGCGGAUAUAUUGUUGGUGGAGAUUGCUGUUGCUUCUCAGUGUUGUCCAGAACUAUUUGAGUUCGAUGCUUGACUGUCCGCCUACGUGCACCUGCUCGCCCAGCGAGAUUUACUGCAAUAAAUCCGACAACGAGAAAACCUUGCCGCUCUUCUCCUCCUUGAGCACCGGGAUCAAUGGGAAUACUACGGGCAGCAUCGAAGACCUUUUCCAAAACAUCACCUCUAUACACAUUGAGAACUGGGCUGGUCUGGAAGUCUUGAAGGAUUUGGAUAUGGAGCUGUACACAGGCUUACAGAGGCUAACCAUUAUGAAGAGCAACCUGAAUUCAAUCCAAGCUCGUGCUUUUGCCCAGAACCCCAAUCUACGCUAUAUAAACCUGUCUAAGAAUCCCAUGCUGACCACGCUGUCCUGGCAGCUCUUCCAGCACCUGCAGCUCAUGGAACUUCAUCUAGAGGAUGUGAUGUUUGAAUGCGGCUGUAAGAUCCGUUGGCUGCAACUAUGGCAACAGAGAGGAGAGGCAGGGCUAAGCAGCCAGCAACUGUACUGUAAUGAUGGAUAUAGCAAGAUACUACUCCAAGAUAUGAACAUUACAAAUUGUGACGUGCCAGAGAUCAGCAUAAGCCACAGCAACCUUACUGUCAUCGAGGGAGACCGUGUGACAGUGUACUGUAAUGGUUCUGGCUCCCCGUUGCCAGAAGUGGACUGGACCGUCAAAGGCAUGCACACCAUCAACACACACCAGGCCAGCGUCUAUGACAACAUCGUUCAUUCGAUCAACAUGACGUUAGUCAAUGUGAGCCGAGAUGACAACAACUUCAUGCUGACUUGCAUUGCUGAGAAUGUGGUGGGGAUGACCAACGCCUCCAUACAGCUUACUGUUCAGUUCCCCCCUCAAAUCGUGAGACUGAAGGAGCCUGAACGUCGACACGACACUUGUAUAGAGUUCACAGUGCGCGGUUCUCCCCAUCCUACCUUGCGAUGGUUCCACAAAGAUAAGGAAAUCCCACACAGUGAGUAUGUGCGUACAGAGAUGGACAUUUACCAGGACUACUUAGAGGGCUGUCUCACCUUUAAAAACCCAACCCAUCACAACAACGGCAACUACACAUUGGAGGCCAGCAACUUCCUGGGUGUGGCCACCAGGACCAUACAUGGGCACUUCCUCGACAAGCCUUUUGAUAUUGAUUAUGAUUAUGAUUAUGGGACCCCAACUCCAACCAUUUCAGUGACUCACAGGCCUGAAGAAGAUACUUUUGGGGUGUCCAUCGCAGUGGGACUAGCAGGGUUUGCCUGCGUGAUGCUGGUGGUUCUCUUUGUGCUCAUCAACAAAUAUGGACGACGCUCCAAGUUUGGCAUGAAAGGUCCAGUAGCAGUGAUAAGUGGUGAGGAGGAUUCUGCCAGCCCUCUCCAUCAUGUAAACCAUGGGAUAAUCAGCCCCUGUACCCUGGACGCUGGCUCAGAUGCCGUGGUGAUUGGGAUGACCAGGAUACCAGUCAUUGAAAACCCACAGUACUUCAGGCACGGACACAACUGUAACAAACCCGCCACCUAUGUUCAGCAUAUUAAGCGUCGUGACAUCAUUUUGAAGAGAGAACUCGGCGAGGGGGCCUUCGGCAAGGUCUUCUUGGCUGAAUGCUACAAUCUGAGUCCCACUAAGGAUAAGAUGCUCGUGGCAGUCAAGACUCUAAAGGACCCCACUCUUGCAGCCAGGAAGGAUUUCCAGAGAGAGGCAGAGUUGCUGACCAACCUCCAACAUGAGCACAUAGUGAAAUUCUACGGCGUUUGUGUUGACGGUGACCCUCUUAUCAUGGUCUUUGAGUACAUGAAGCAUGGUGAUCUCAACAAGUUCCUCAGAGCCCAUGGACCAGAUGCUAUGAUCCUUGUUGAUGGACAGCCCUUGCAGACCAAUGGAGAGCUGGGUUUGUCCCAGAUGCUGCACAUAGCCAGUCAGAUUGCAUCUGGGAUGAUCUACUUGGCGUCUCAACACUUUGUGCACCGCGAUCUAGCGACCAGAAACUGCCUGGUGGGGAACGGCCUUCUGGUGAAAAUAGGAGACUUUGGAAUGUCUAGAGACAUUUACAGUACAGACUAUUACAGGGUAACGGUGGGAGGUCACACCAUGCUACCGAUCCGUUGGAUGCCCCCAGAAAGCAUUAUGUACAGGAAGUUCACUACAGAGAGUGACGUGUGGAGUUUUGGAGUCAUUUUGUGGGAGAUCUUCACCUAUGGCAAACAGCCAUGGUUCCAACUGGCCAACAAUGAGGUGAUAGAGUGUAUUACUCAGGGCAGGGUGCUGGAGCGUCCAAGGGUUUGUCCUAAGGAGGUCUAUGAUAUGAUGAUCGGCUGCUGGCAAAGGGAGCCACAACAGCGCUUGAACAUUAAGGAUAUUCAGAAGAUGCUGUUCACCCUGAUGAAAGCCACACCGGUCUAUCUAGAUAUACUGGGAUAG